AUGCCCAUCAAUGUGGGUGACGGUGGCGUCGAAUGGAAGUUGGUGGCUCCAUUCCCACCGACACACGUACAUGCACCAGAGGCAGAAGACGUGUAUGUCGGCCUCCGGCGCGAGGAGUGGGAUCUUAGCUCUGACUCGCAGGCCGGCAGCAUUGGAGAGCGCGGGGACGGAGACAGCAACGGUAAUGGAAAGGAUACCGUGCUGCAGGACCGUGUUCAGCGCAUCUUGUCUCAGUGGGAGGAGAGAGAGACACGAGUGAUAGUAAAAUGGGGAAGUGUGGGUGUGAAGUCAGAGGCAUAUAUGCGGGUUAGGCGUUUCCAGACGAUGAAAAAAAAGCAACAGGAAGAGCUGCGACAGCAACUCAAGAAACUGAGGCAAGUGCAACGAAAGGAGCGGCGGCAAAAAGAGGAACGCAGCCGCAUGGCUGCCAAUGCGCGGGCGCGACACAACGGUAGCUAG